UCAAAACGGAUAGAGUUUCUCUUUCUGCUCCUCUCUCACUGCCUCUAUGCCAAAGCUACUGUAUACUGCACCAAGCUAAAAAAUGUUAGCAAACCCUAGCAGUCUACAGAGCUUACCUUAUUAUUCACACAAAACUCCAUUUUCGCACUGCAAUAGUCGAUGCAAGCUCUAUCUCUCGCCAAAUUGUCCUCGUUUUAUCAGUUCUCGAAAAUCCAAGUUCCUUUCAUUGUCUCUUCUUUUACGUAAUAAAAGAAGAAGCGAAAGAUUUAGUGCAAGAGCUUUGAAAGAUGUAGAAGUUUCUGAAUCGGUUAUAUUUGAUGGCCCACAACUUUUCCCUCAAGCUAUCUCUGUUAAAAUUCCCUUCGGUGACAGACAUAUUUUGGUUGAGACGGGUCAAAUUGGGAGACAAGCUAGUGGUGCUGUCAUGGUGACAGAUGGAGAAACUAUUGUCUACACAACUGUUUGUUUGGAUGAUAUUCCCAGUGAGCCUUCUGAUUUUUUUCCUCUUUCUGUAAAUUAUCAAGAGCGUUUUUCAGCUGCAGGUCGAACUAGUGGAGGAUUUUUCAAACGAGAAGGGAGAGCAAAAGAUCAUGAGGUUCUCACUUGUAGAUUGAUUGAUAGGCCUUUGCGCCCAACUAUGCCUAAGGGUUUCUACCAUGAGACUCAGAUACUAUCUUGGGUUUUGAGCUAUGACGGUUUGCAUUCUCCUGAUUCCUUAGCAGUUACAGCAGCUGGAAUAGCAGUAGCUCUUUCAGAAGUGCCAACUACACAAGCAAUUGCAGGAGUUCGAGUUGGCCUUGUUGGUGAUAGGUUUAUUGUGAACCCAACAACCAAGGAGAUGGAAGAGUCGGAGUUGGAUCUAUUGCUGGCAGGCACAGACAGUGCAAUAUUGAUGAUAGAGGGUUAUUGUGAUUUCCUCCCAGAAGAAAAGUUGCUAGAAGCAGUACAAGUUGGGCAGGAUGCAGUACGGGCUAUUUGCAAUGAGGUGGAGUCAUUGGUGAAGAAGUGUGGGAAACCAAAAAUGCUUGAUGCAAUCAAAUUACCUCCUCCUGAGCUAUUUAAGCAUGUGGAGGAAAUUGCUGGUGAUGAGAUAUUGAAUGUUCUACAAAUUAGAAACAAAAUACCAAGAAGAAAGGCCCUCACAUCGUUGGAAGAAAAAGUUAUUGGUAUACUUACAGAAAAGGGAUAUGUAAGCAAGGAUAUUAGUUUUGGAACCACUGAAACAGUUGCAGAUUUGCUUGAGGAAGAAGAUGAGGAUGAGGAAGUUGUUGUGGAUGGUGAGGUAGAUGAAGGUGAUGUCCACAUAAAGCCAAUUUCACGUAAAUCCUCUCCCUUGCUGUAUUCUGAGGUAGACGUGAAACUGGUAUUCAAAGAAGUUACAUCAAAGUUCCUGCGGAGACGAAUUGUAGAGGGAGGAAAAAGAAGUGAUGGGCGAAUGCCAGAUGGCAUACGUCCAAUUAACUCAAGAUGUGGAUUACUCCCUAGGGCCCAUGGAAGUGUUCUUUUCACCCGUGGAGAAACACAGUCACUAGCAGUGGUCACACUUGGUGAUAAACAAAUGGCACAAAGAGUGGACAACCUUGUCGAUGUGGAUGAAUUCAAGAGGUUCUAUCUUCAGUACUCAUUUCCUCCAUCUUGUGUUGGGGAAGUCGGGCGAAUUGGGGCACCUAGUAGAAGAGAAAUUGGACAUGGAACGCUUGCAGAGAGAGCUCUUGAACCUAUAUUGCCUUCUGAAGAUGAUUUCCCAUACACUAUUCGAGUUGAGAGUACCAUCACAGAAAGCAAUGGCUCUUCAAGCAUGGCCUCUGUCUGUGGGGGUUGCUUGGCAUUACAAGAUGCUGGGGUGCCUGUAAAAUGCUCAAUUGCAGGGAUAGCAAUGGGUAUGGUUCUUGAUACUGAAGAAUUUGGUGGUGAUGGAACACCACUUAUUCUGUCUGACAUAACUGGAUCUGAAGAUGCAUCAGGAGACAUGGAUUUUAAGGUUGCUGGAAAUGAGGAUGGAGUAACUGCAUUUCAGAUGGACAUAAAGGUUGGAGGAAUCACUUUAUCUGCUAUGAAAAAGGCUCUACUGCAGGCCAAGGAUGGUCGGAAACAUAUUCUCGCUGAAAUGUUAAAAUGCUCACCUCCACCGUCUAAAAGGCUGUCUAAGUAUGCCCCAUUAAUUCAUGUUAUGAAGGUCCAUCCAGAAAAGGUUAAUAUGAUCAUUGGUUCUGGUGGGAAGAAAGUGAGGAGUAUUAUAGAAGAAACAGGAGUAGAGUCUAUUGACGCAGAUGAGGAUGGAAUUGUAAAAAUUACUGCUAAGGAUUUAUCAAGUCUAGAGAAGUCCAAAUCUAUUAUCAGCAAUCUUACGAUGGUCCCAACUAUUGGUGAUAUCUUUAGGAACUGCGAGAUCAAAUCUGUUGCUCCUUACGGAGUUUUUGUUGAGAUAGCCCCGGGUCGAGAGGGACUUUGCCAUGUAAGUGAACUUACUUCAAGCUGGCUGCCAAAGGCAGAAGAUGCUUUUAAAGUUGGAGACCGUGUAGAUGUUAAACUUAUUGAGGUAAAUGACAAGGGACAACUUCGCCUUAGCCGUAAGGCACUACUCCCUGAACCAGCUGUAGAGAAACCUAGUGCAAAGCAGGAGACAGAUGACCCCAAUAAAAGUACUAGUGUGUCACAAAAGGCCACUGAUAAGGGUAAUGCUAAAAGAACUGUAAGCUCUCCAAAAGAUGGUUUAACCGAAGGGACGAUUGAAAAACCAGAGGAUAAAACUGGUGCUCCAGAAGUUGUAACAUCUCCAAAAAGUAACACAUUAGAGGACUCUUCAGUUCCAAAAAAGAAGGUUUACAGGAGACUAGCCAGCUCAGCUAGAGAUGGGCCUAAUAUCAAAAAAGACUUGCUGCAGAAAAGCAGCAGUGAAGUUGCCACUGGAAUUGCAACUGAAGAUGGAAGCACUAUAGUGAAUGGAGAAGCCUAAAUUGAUAAUCAUAUUUUCUUCUUAAUUCAUUGACAAGGAACUUGUUGAUCUUUGUGUUAUGGUAAAGAUGCUGCAACACUAUCCAACUUGAGGAAGUAAUUAAUUGCAACAUGGUACCAUCCAAAAGCCUGCGCUGAAGCUGGAAGGACUACUCUGCCAAGCAGAGCUCUUGUUUCCCGGUAAAAUGAAGGGAAAUAAAUCUUCUGAAAGAAUGGAUGCUUCUGACUGAUUUGUAGAAAAAACCAGACAAACUCUACCUUUUUGGCUGCAGAGGAAAACAUCAUUGCAAGGUUAAAUUCGGAGAUGUUAUGUACAUCCUUCAUUGAAGUUUUUGUAACAAAGCUGUUUUUCCUUGGAAUUUGUACUUUAUAUUCAUAUAUACAUACACUAAUCAAAAUUUUCUCGUGAGCUUUCUAAAUCUUGAUAUAUAUUUUUCAA